UUGGACUAACCCAUGGCCUGGAUUCAUGUGUUAUCCCGUACUUUACAGACCGUGGACAUUGUGAUAUCCAGCUAGUCUACCAAGUGUCAGCUGGUGUAUAAACAAAUAGACAGUGAAGACGUGUUCAGUCAUUGCACCUCCAAAUAACGGAUUCCACGACUGCCCAAGUAUCACCGACUACCUGCUCGUGGGAACCAUCUGCCGAUUUUCCUGCAAGGAAGGAUUCAAAUUAGAGGGCGAUUCUCAGCUGGAAUGUGAAGGAACACGGCAGGCUGUAAGCUGGACACCACAACUUGUACCAAGUUGCACAAAAAUAACCUGUGACCCACUCUCAGAUCCUAUGCAUGGUUCGGUGACGUGCACAUUAGGUUAUGAUUACUUCAGCAUGUGUACUUACUCAUGUGAUGACGGAUAUGGUCUUGACCGUGGAGUGGCUUCAUACCUCAUCUGCCUCUCUUAUGGCUGGUCUGCCCCUCCCGUUGAGGAAUGUACAGAUAAUGAGAGCCCGGUAUUCUCUGGUUGUGAGUCUCAGCCUGUGGUUUAUCGGUUUUCCAUCGCGGCCAAUGAGAGUGCAUCAGUCUUCAACUGGACCAUCCCCGUCGCUACUGAUAAUGAUGGUAUAGCUCUUAAAACCACUGAGCCAGAUUAUCCCAAACCAGGCGUUGAUGAACUAGAAGCUAACUACUACAGUUUCUCAUAUUUAGUUACUGAUGAGAGCGGCAAUGUUGGAACAUGCAGUGUUCUCCUUAUUGUGUCAGAGAUCCGUUGUGAACCUCUACCUUUCCAAGUAGGUCUACAUGCCUCUUGCAGCCAUGGAUCUCGUAGAGGUUCUUUCUGCCAUUUUUCCUGCUCUGCUGGAUACUACCUGGUGGGUAAUGACCAAGCCAUGUGUGAAAGAACCAAUUCAUUUUCCAAGCUAGGGGAAUGGUCUAAUCCGAUUGCCCAGUGCGAAGAGGUACACUGUGAUCCAGCCCCUGCACUUGAGAAUGGGCAUUUCUCCACUGGAUUCUGCGUAACCAAACAUUUAUCUGUUUGUGUCUACGAGUGUUCUGAGGGAUACAUGAUCAGAAAUAGUGUACUCUAUUGCACUGUUCAACCUGGGACUAACAUGGCUACAUGGGUCGGCACUGAACCGUUCUGCGAAGUACAAACUUGUUACAGGCCACCGCUGUAUGGGAUCUUGGGGGUGAGCAAUGGGACACUAUGUGCAUCAACUCCUAAUGUGCCUGCCAGUGAAACGUGUUCCUUUGGCUGCGCUGAAGGAUACACCCUCAAGGGUGCUGAAGUCACUGAAUGUGGCCUUGAUGGAUCAUGGCUCCAACCCAUUCCAGAAUGUGAAGUUAUCACUUGCUCCUCGAUUCCGGAACCUAGGAAUGGAGGAAUAAAUGGAUGCCCUCUUCAGAGUAAGGUUAGGUAUGGAUCUACCUGCACGCUCUUCUGUAACGUUGGUUUUAAGCCAAUCAAUGAAAGCGAUCCCGUUCAACGUGCGUGUGGUAAAGAUGAAAAUAACAGAGGCUACUGGGAAGGAGGUGGAACAAUCGCAUGUGCUGUUGUGACUUGCAGUCCACUCUCUGAUCCCGAAAAUGGGGAAAUCAUUUCAUGUACAAAGGAUGCAUCAAGCACCAACGUCAGUCAUAUACAACACUAUAACACAAUCUGCAAAUCAUCCUGCAAUCUUGGCUACACUCCACAGUACAGCAUCUCUCGUAGAUGUAUGGAAGAUGGAUCAUGGGAUGGCAUUGAUCAGCAGUGUGAAGACGAAACUAUCCCGAGGAUUGUGUGUCCAUCAGAUCGGAAUUUGUAUGCGGACUUCAAUCAACUGGAGGCAACGUUUCAAGCUGAUCUAUGGGAGCCUGUACAGGCAACUGAUGCUGGAGAUAUUUUGACAGCAUAUCUUUAUAGCGUGGAUUCGAACAUUGUGAAUGGUAGCAUACCAACAACUCUUCCAGAGGGAGAACAUACCAUUGAUUAUCGGGCUACUGAUACUGCGGGAAAUCAGGAUUCAUGUUCAUUCACUCUAGAUGUCAAAGUGACCAGAUGCCCUCCGCUGUUUGUCCCACCAAAUGGUGAACUUAUGCUGGAUUCUGGUAGUGGAAGCUGUACGGGAGGGGCCGUCUACGGAUCUGAGUGCCUGGUUUCUUGCCUGGAUGGCCAUUUACUCUCUGAGGACCCUGGGGAUGAUUCCUUUUUCUCCCUUGUUUGCAACCGAUCCAGUUCACCUUCCACAGUUGGAAGCUGGAGUGAGUCCGUCCCAUCGUGCAACAAGAUUGAAUGUGACAUUCCAUCAGUUUCCAAUGGUUCUGUUUCUGGCUGUCCGAUACCUGCUCUCUAUGGAGAUUCAUGUUAUUUCAGUUGCAAUGAUGGAUUCAAGACCACUGAAGGAUUGAAGUCUAUUACCAGAGUUUGUCAGGCUAAUGGCACAUUUGAAGGACAAGACCUACAUUGUGAUGUUCAAGUUACAUGUCCUUCACUGAUUGCACCUGAAGAUGGGUUCGGCACACCAGACGUGUGUACCAAUCCAGGUGGAGUGCUUUACAACACCCUGUGCUCAUUCUCAUGUGAUGAUGGCUACCUCCAAAAUGGGGUCUACCAAAAGACCUGCCUCCGUACCGGAUUGUGGAAUGACAUGCGAGAAGUAACAUGCACAGAUAACGAAGCACCUGUUUUCUCACCUCCUUGUCCAAUAAAUCUCUACUACAAUGCUGAAAGAGGAUACACCUAUGCUUCUAUAAAUGAAAUUAGCGACCUGGAACCUGAAGCAUCUGACAACUCUGGCGAAUUCAAUCUGACAUUGAAAUCGAUGACACCAAUCGAGAACAAGUUUCCUGAGACCCCAACAAGAUUGACCUACAAUGCUAUUGACUCUGAGGGAAAUCUGGCAGUUUGUGACGUUAUUGUUCAUGUUACAGUUUUCCGAUGUCCUCGGCUUCAAGCUCCUUUCCAUGGAUCCGCUGUCAACUGCCCUGUUAGUUCUGUGUAUGGGUCUCGGUGUUCCUUCUCAUGUGAUGAAGGAUAUGACCUUGUAGGAUCAGAAACAAGAACAUGUGAAUUGAGCGGUGAUUUUGCACCAGCUAGCUGGAAUGGUACAGAACCUGUAUGUCAAGCAAAGACCUGCCCAGCGCUGACCACACCUGAAAACGCUGUGAAAUCUGGCUGCAUUAACAACCCACCAAACACCGAAGUCUACGGCACUCAGUGUAUUUUCUACUGUCUGUACGGUUUUGAAGGGAUUGGUGAUAGCAGCCCAGUCUGUCUGGCAGAUGGAACUUGGACCAGUAAUAGUUUCAAUUGCAGUGCUACGUCAUGUACAGUCCUAGAAGUUCCAGACGGGGGCUUAGUCACUCCAGAGGAAUGUUCAAUGGCUCCUGUCUUUGGACAGUCAUGUGUUGUAUCAUGUACUCAACAAGGUUACCAGCUUGAUCCUCCUAACUUCUCUGUGCUGUCAUGUCAGGGAAAUGGACAGUGGGCUCCAGGAGACCUCACGGUGACAACUUGCAAAGACAUACAACGCCCAUCCUUUUUAACAUGUCCUCAAUAUCUGACUUUCAACCCUCCUCGUGGGGAAACUAUGGUAAACAUCGCCUGGACUCUAACACCCAGGGACAACAGUGGUGACGAACCUACUGUUACAUGUGACAAAGAAGAAGGCCUGAUGGGAGAAGGUGACAUUGAGGUUAGGUGCAUAGCCAGAGAUGCUACAGGAAAUAGCAAAACAUGUACAUUUGACGUUGCAGUACAGGUUCACAGAUGCCGUCAGUAUCUGCUGCCGUCUUUUGCUGAGUUUGCUGGUGUAUGUAAUACAAUAUGGGGUUCAGAGUGCAACAUAACCUGCAAUCCUGGCUAUCACCUGACUGGUUCUAGCAUGGUCACAUGUGAGUUUGAUACAUCGACAGCAAGCUCAAGCUGGACUGCACAAACAACACCGAGUUGUAAAGCCAUCCAGUGCGAUCCUCUAGAAUUACCCGAGCAUAUCAACAUUAAUCCGUCUAUAUGUGCUGGACCAGUUAAUGUGAGUGUGGGUACCAGGUGCACACCAUACUGCCCUACUGGUACAGAUCUACAAGGCGAUGGAUCGACGAUUGUCUGUGGAAGUGAUGGUCAAUGGAAUAGAUUCAUCAAUGGCUUAUCAGAAGAUUUAGCAUGUUUGGACAUUUCGGCACCAGUCUUGACAUCGUGUCCAUCUCCCAUCACUGUCACUCGGACUGAAGCCUGGGGUGUACAAGUGUCGUUUACUCCGCCUACUGCUACUGACUCUUUAGAUGGUAGCAGCCUCAUUGUCACAACGUCACCAUCUGAUCUGACAUCUCCAUACAACGUGACUCAAGACACUACAUUUAUCUAUACAUUCUCCGAUAAUGCAGGAAAUCAGGUCAACUGCUCGUUUCCCAUUUAUGUUCAAGAUGAGCUUUCCCCAGUUCUGGUGUCCUGUCCUAACAACACCGAAGUCUCCACCAGUCAACAAGAAACAGAGGUCACAUGGGAUCCACCUGAAUUCCUUGAACCUACGGGGGAUCCACUUGACAUUUCAUGUAACUAUGACAAUGGCAUGGCCACCUUAGCCAUUAACCAGGAUCACUUAAUAGAAUGCAGGGCUACGAACCAAGACAAUGGCAAGACGACUACUUGCAGCUUCAUUAUAAGUGUCAAAAGUAUUGCCUGCCUAGAUUUGGAUCCCCCACAAGAUGGAGCUUUGGCCUGUGAUGGAUGGAGUGAUGGAAUAUUUUGCAGUAUAUUCUGCAGAGAAAAUUUUUACAUUCCCAACACACAUCCCACCAUCCCUUCACAAUAUGUGUGUGGAUCAUCAGGAAUGUGGAGACCUCAUAGAGUAACACCUGGCUGUACUGAAUCAGUGGAAGGGAAUAGGUUCAGUCUCCCAAGUGAAUUAUUCUACUUCAGUGGUUCAUGUGGCACAAACGAGACGACACAGUUAGCCAUCGCUGCAGCAUUCCUUGAAGCAUUCCGAUCUUCAGACUUUAGUGACAGCUGCACUGUAGAUGAUGAAUGCACAGUGAAUAAUGUACAAGUGACAUGCGGUCCUGCUUCGAGCCGUCGGAGGCGCAAACGUAGAAGUAGACGAAGGCAGAUGGACAUACCUGUAGACCUUGGCAUAUGGGAGGAGCAUUUGCAUUCUGGACAUCCUUACUCUAAAACACAUAAGAGAUCAGCUCUUGAUUUUGAAAUCGUCAUUGGAUUUAACGUUGAAUCUAAUGUGAUCGUGGGCGAAGGUCAGGAUGACUAUGAUGCAGCACUAGAUGCAGAGCAAAAAAUGAUUGGUCUUGUGGAGACUCUCAUUGAGGGUGGCCAGUUGGACCUGAGCUCUAGAGUAGAUGAUUUCACUGCUGUACUGGAUGAGAGCUCUUUCAACUAUGAAUUAGUGGAAUUGGUGUGCACCCCUCCCUAUACAGUUAACAACGACAUCUAUCGCUGUGUACCAUGUGGAAGUGGCUUUUACUAUGGCAAUGAAACUCAGGAAUGUAUCCAGUGUGAAGUAGGGACAUAUCAAGACACACAUGGAGAGUUCACAUGUCAUCAGUGCCCCGAAGGACAAUCUACUAUUGCAGUCGGAUCCAAGAAUGUGAGCCAGUGCAUAGACAUCUGCCAACCUGGUUAUAGUUCGUUCACCGGUCUAGCACCAUGCAACCAUUGCCCGAUAGGAAGCUAUCAAGAGGAAUUCUUUGCUACAGAAUGUACCAGCUGUCCUGUUGGCAUGACAACACUAAACAAAGGCUCUACUUCAUCUCUUGAAUGUAUUGAGUUUUGUGCAGCUGGAGAGUACUCUUCAUCAGGCUUUGGCCCUUGUACGGCAUGUCCGCUUGGUACUUAUCAGAGUGGAACUCAGCGAAGUACAUGUCAUCAAUGCCCCGGUGAAACUACAACAAUGCAGAUAGGUUCUACUGAUGCAUCCAUGUGUGUUGAUAUUGAUGAAUGUGAGAGCCAGCCGUGCCAACACGAUGCAAGCUGCCUUGAUGGAAGUAACUCCUUCACAUGUAUCUGUGGAUUGGGAUAUACAGGGUCUACGUGUGGUGAUCAGAUUCUACCGUGUGACUCUGAUCCCUGCCUCAAUGGAGCGUCUUGUGUGGAUGAAGUCAAUCAGUUUACGUGCAUGUGUGCUCCAGGAUAUACAGGCUCCCUGUGUGAGGAACAAAUCGACUAUUGUGAUCUAUCACCAUGCAUGAACAAUGCAACCUGUACGAAUAGCAUUGGCGAUUUUGAGUGCUCUUGUCUCUUUGGCUUUGGUGGAAAAACUUGCUCAGAGGACAUAGAUCAUUGUGAUGAUAAUGCAUGUUUGAAUGGUGCAACCUGCUUAGUCUCUGAACUGUCAUUAGGUGGAUACACCUGUCAAUGUGGAGAGGGAUAUAUAGGAGUGAAAUGUUCUAGUAACAUUGAUGAUUGUAGGAGCAGUCCUUGCUUAAACGAUGGUAAUUGCACUGAUGGCAUCAACAGUUUCACUUGCUCAUGUACAACGGGAUACAACGGUUUUAUAUGCGACAAUGACAUUGACUUGUGUGCUGAUUGGAACUGUCAAAAUGGUGGCACUUGCAAAGAUCUUGGAAAAAGAGCGGUCUGUGCGUGUCCUGAGGCCUAUGCCGGACAGUUCUGUGAUGAAGUCAGGACAGCAUGCAGUGACUCUCCCUGCAGAAAUGGAGGCACAUGUACAUCUGGUGAUGAUACCACCUUGGCCUUCGAUUGCACCUGUACCGAGGGAUACAUUGGACAGACCUGUGAGACAGAGGUCAACUUCUGUCAGCCAGAUCCUUGUAGGAAUGGAGCUACUUGUGAGGAUCAAACUGCAACUUACAUCUGCCACUGUCCUGAUGGAUUCACAGGGGAAACCUGUGCUGAGGAGAUAAGAUGGUGUGAUGACAUUCCAUGUGGACUGAACUCAACCUGCAUAGAAGAACCCCUUUCCUUCACUUGCCUGUGCGAUGUAGGUUACACUGGAGAGAGAUGUGAAGAGGUGUUGACUGUCUGUGAUGCCCAAGACCCUUGUCUCAAUGGAGCUACAUGUAGCGGAGACUCUCUUACAUUUCAAUGCCAGUGCCCACCAGCAUAUCAAGGGUUGUUAUGCGAGCAUGAGAUCAACCCAUGUGCUUCUUCACCCUGUCUAAAUGGAGGUUCCUGUGUGAAAGAUCUACAGUUUUAUCGGUGUGACUGUACUGCAGGGUUUGAAGGAAUACACUGUGAAGGCAAUCAGGAUGAAUGUGCAAGCGAACCUUGUGAACAUGGAACAUGCAUUGAUGGAAUCAACUCUUUCUCCUGUGGCUGUGAAGCAGGAUACACAGGCCAUACAUGCAGUGAAGACAUGUUUUGUGAUGCCAACCCAUGUCAGAACGGGGGAUCAUGUGAAAGCCUAAUCACAAAAUUUAGUUGCUUGUGUGCUCCAGGAUUUCGGGGAACAACAUGCAGCAGCCAAAUAAACUUCUGUCGUCUAAGACCAUGCACAAGUGGAAAUUAUGUACGUUGUGAGAAUGUAAUCGGUGGUUACACAUGUGGGUGCAAGGAUGGUUUCACUGGAUUAAAAUGUGAGUCUGAGAUCAACGAAUGUGAGAUGUCACCAUCUCCUUGUCAGAAUGAUGGAAGGUGUAUCAACCAAUGGGGGACAUUCACCUGCCAGUGUCAACUAGGCUUCACCGGUAACCUGUGUGAAAUAAACAUUGCUGACUGCAUGAACCACGCCUGUGAAAACGGGGCAUCCUGUAUAGACGGCAUCAAUAGUUACAGCUGUCUUUGUACUGGAGGAACAUACGGGUCACGGUGCCAGCUGAAGUCAACACCAUGUGAUAACAACCCCUGCUACAAUGGUGGUGUGUGCACUGUUAAUCAAGCUAGUUUCUCCUGUGAAUGCCUGUCUGGUUUUACAGGACCUUCCUGCGAAGUCGACAUUGAUGACUGUGUCAAUCAUCGUUGUGCUAGCAGCUCGACAUGUGAAGACCAGUGGGAUAGCUACCGCUGCAUAUGUCCACUGGGUGUAACUGGAGACUUAUGUGAUCAGGAAAUUGAUGACUGUCUUUCUGAGCCUUGCCAGCAUGGAGCGACUUGUAUAGAUGGAAGAUCAAGAUAUACAUGUGCCUGUUCAAGUGGAUUCACUGGAAACUUCUGUGAAGUUGACAUCCUUGAAUGCUCCUCUAACCCUUGUGUCAACUUUGGUACAUGCAUAGAAGAAACUGAUAGGUUUGAUUGCCAAUGCGCAGAAGGUUAUCGUGGUACGAACUGUGAAGAGCUUAUAAGAUCAUGUGUUUCCAGCCCAUGCAAGAAUAACGGCACCUGCACAGACGGCUUC